AUGAAUAAAAGGAUAUUUAGUUUAGUUUGUAUCAUCUUGUAUGUCCUUUUGACUGUAUCAACACAUUGCUCGGAACAGAAACAUGAUCAAUCUAAGACACCUGGCUUAAGAAGUAGAAUCAUUCGUGCUAUCAAGAAAAUAAACGGAAGUAACAAAAAAAAAGUUAUAAAAUAUCAACGAGAAACCCAAUCAAAUAAUAACAAUAACACGUAUAGUUAUGAUCGUGUUAUUUUAAAAGAUGACGAUUAUGAUGAAUGUGAUAAAUUUUGUUGUUGCUGUUUUUUUUGGGAAUGA